AUGAAGCAAACUUCAGAGUAGUUUUUCCCGCAGGAGUUUGGCGUCCACAUUUAUUGAUAAAAACUAUUUCAGAUUUUUCAAUGUAUUUAGGACAUUUUAACAUUUUGUUUACCCUGUGAGAAAUAUUUUAGUGAGUUGCCGACAGGGCGAUUAUGCUUUUCUAGUAAUUCCCUCGGUUUGUGUACUGUGGUGGUUUUGUAAACAUCACAAACGCAGGCCCACGUCUAUGAUUUCUUAUUGGAAUCAUGGCGGAGAUAGUGUACCCUCAAGGUUGCCGGCCCAUUACCGAUGACCUCGGUCCCGAUGAAUUAGUUCGAAGACUCAAGGCUCUAGCACACACUUUACAAGGUCUCGGGCAAGAUGAGGGCAUGUAUCAGCAGUACAUCCCUUUGGCGCUACACCUCGCGGAUGAGCUGUUUUUGACGCACCCGUCGCGCGACGUGCAGCUGCUGAUCGCGUGCUGCAUCGCCGACGUGCUGCGCGUGUAUGCUCCGGAGGCGCCGUAUAAGGAUCAGGAACAGGUCAAAACAAUAUUCCUGUUCCUCAUCAACCAACUCCAAGGUCUGCGGGACCCGAAGGACCCGGCGUUCAAGCGUUACUUCUACCUGCUGGAGAACCUGGCCUAUGUGAAGAGUUUCAACAUGUGCUUCGAGCUGGAAGACUGCCAGGAGAUCUUCUGUGCCCUAUUUGCGCUCAUGUUCAAGAUUGUCAACGGCGAGCACUCCAACAAAGUGAAAUCCUUCAUGCUGGACGUUCUCUGCCCGCUCAUCACGGAGUCGGACGUGGUGUCCAACGAGCUGCUCAACGUGCUGCUCACGAACCUCGUGGAGCCGCACAAGCGCGAGCGCAAGCACGCCUACGCGCUGGCCAAGGAACUGCUGGGCAAGACGAGCGAUACCCUGGAGCCUUAUAUACAGGCGUUCUUCAACCACGUCCUAAUCCUCGGCAAGGAAGAGAAGAACCUACUGAUUUUCUCCAAAGUGUACGAGCUCAUCUAUGAACUGAACCAGUGCUGCCCGAGCAUCCUCACCUCCGUGCUGCCACAGCUCGAGUGCAAGCUGAAGUCAGCCCAAUUGCAAGAGCGAUUGAGUGCAGUCGCUUUACUAGCCAGAAUGUUCUCCGAGCCACAGUCAACGCUAGCCAAACAGUACCCGGCCUUAUGGAGGGCUUUCCUCGGUCGAUUUAAUGACAUCUCAGUGCAUAUUCGCAUCAAGUGCGUUCAAUAUUGCAUGCACUUCCUAGUGCACCAUCCAGAUUUGAGACAAGAUAUUACAGAGACGUUGAAGCUAAGACAGCACGACGCUCACGAACAAGUCAGGUACGAAGUGGUGAUGGCCAUCAUAGCCACGGUACAGAGAGACUUCAAGGCUGUAGCCGAAUCCGAGGAUCUACUCCACUUCGUCAAGGAAAGAACUCUGGACAAAAAGUUCAAAAUACGCAAAGAGGCCAUGUCUGGGCUUGCGAUGAUUUACAGGAAAUUCUUGACGGAGGAAAGCGUUCCGCCGGCCACUGAAAAGGCAGUGCGAUGGAUCAAAGACAAGAUUCUACACGGCUACUAUAUGACGGCUUUGGAAGACCGUCUUUUGGUCGAAAGACUGCUAAACACAUCAUUGGUUCCGUACACUCUACCAGCGCCAUUCCGUAUGAAGAAACUCUAUUAUCUAAUGACGAAUAUAGACGACAACGCAACAAAAGCAUUCAUAGAGCUUCAAAAGCACCAGCUGGCCGUCCGCCGUACUGUCGCGGAAUGGAUCGAGUUGCAUAGGAAACCCCCGACGCCGGCCGUGCAAAAGGAACUCAUGUCUAAGGUCCUACACAUAAGUACUAAAUUCCUGCCCGACUCGGUGAAAGCUCAAGAGUUCCUGACCAAGUUCUCUCAGCACAUGAAGCAGGCGCCGGAGCUUCUGCAGGGAAUGGAGACGAUUUUGAACCCUAACGUCAGCUGCGAAGUGUGCGUGCGCACUACGUCGAGCGUGCUCAAAAAGCUGGGGCAGCCCGUGAUGACGAACGUGUACUACAACACCAUCAAGAUGCUGCUGGAGCGAGUCUCCUCCGUCAUGAUCGAUCGCGACAGUCUGCUCAUACUGGUCGGAUACGUGCAUGGAGCCGCAACGCGCACGGAUACGUCAAUCGCCAAUGAAUGUGGCAUAGACAUAGAGACGGCGGCGACGCGCGGCCUCAAACUCCUUGUAAUGCUGUCCUUCGUGUUCCCCGCGCAUUUCCUGCACGAGGAUGUGUUGAAUGAACUGACGUCUCUGCUUGAGUUGGACGACGAGAGCGUGGCCCCGUACAUACUGGCCGCUCUGACCUUCCUCGGGAAAUAUCGACCGCUUAGUGAGGUGUGCCCUGCCCUAUUUCCAAGACUGAUUACACUGUGCAAGGCAUACGCCGAAGUUGGAACUCCUAAACAGGCCAAAAACGCUGUCAGAUGCUUGUACGUGAACGUGCCCGAGGAGCGCGUGGCUCUAUUCACCUCACUCCUGGAAACACUGAAGGCUACGCUGACGCCCGCCUCCGAGCACUACCGCACCGCCAUCGUGACACUCGGCCACGUGGCACACAACCUGCCCGCCGCCUUCCCCGUGCUCGUCAAGAACAUCGUCUCUAGGAAGAUAGUAAAAGAGCUGCUAGUCCGCGAGGGAGGCGGCGGGCCCAACGCCCCGACCGGCGACUGGUGCCCAGAAGAAGAGUUACCCGAAGAGACUCGCUGCAAGCUCGAGGGACUCAAGUGCAUGGCGCGAUGGCUGCUCGGGUUGAAGAGGGAUGAGUUGUCCGCUCAGAAGACGUUUAGGAUGCUGAAUGCGUUUAUCGUGCAUAAGGGGGAUUUGUUGCAGCAAAACCAGCUCUCCCCCGCGGAGAAGGCGCACCUGCGGCUGGCGGCGGGCGCGGCCAUGCUCAAGAUCUGCGAGCAGAAGGGCGUCGGCGACCAGUUCACCGCCGAGCAGUUCUACAACCUCUCCCAUCUCAUGGUGGAUGAAGUACCACAAGUCAGAGAAAUAUUCGCCUCGAAAUUACACAAAGGACUCUCAAAGGGCAUCCCGAACAAGUGUCUCCCGCUAGACUUCAUGGGCAUGUACGCGCUCUGCGGACGCGAGCCGGAGCGGCGGCUGCGGGCGGCGGCGCGCCAGUACAUGCUGGCGGACGUGCUGCGCCGCCGCGACUACAUACGCAACAUCUCCGUCGGGACGAAGGUGGAGCGCGCAGUGAGCCAGCUGCCUCACAUCAUGCCAGACUACAUGCUGGUGUUUGCAGUACCAGUCUUAGCGCAUGACCCCGCCUUCGACUCGUAUGACAACGUGGCGCACCUCAAGGUGGUGAAACAGUGCCUCUGGUUCAUCCUGGAGCCGCUGAUCACUCGCAACGAGAUGUACUGCUACGGCUUCUACAAGAACCUCAUCGAGCGCAUGAAGCUACACAAGGACGCGCUCUGCGAGUCCGAUGACGCCGUCAACUAUAAACUGUGGGCGACCUGCGACCUGGCCAUGACGGUGAUCUGGUCCCGCUCCAGCAGCUUCGAGCUGCGCGAGUUCCCGGCGGACGCGCGCGUGCCCACCAUGUACUACAGCCCGCAGCCCGAGCACUUCCACAACACCAGGGUGUUCCUGCCGCCCGAGCUACAGUAUCAACCCAAGAAAACCACAGCCCAAAUAGAGCCCGCCACCCGAGGCAAGAAGAGAACGAGGCCGGCCGGCAACUCCGAAAACAACUCUAACGACGUUGAGCCCUCCGAAGCAUCAGACACGCAGAUCCAGCUGCCGGGCCUAGAGCAGGCCCCGGAGACAGAACUAGACGAACCACAAGCAAAACGGACGUUGAGCGAGUAGACUACUAUUUAUAAAUAACAUCUUUCUAUAGACACACACUCGUGUUUAGCGCUCACGGAGAAUAUACGCCGAAUGACCCCGUAUUAUGAUACGCGAGCGACGUUCGAAUCUGUCGCAUAAGGUGUCGCUAUCGCUUUGUCGAGAAUACAAUGGUACGGGGUGAAGUUUGUAGUUUACCUGUAAAAUUUACACGCAUACUUUACGGUCAUUUGGCAGAUAUUUUCGUGUUCUCAAAAACAUGAUCUAAUAAUAAGAAAAUACAGCCCAAUCAUGGAGAACAAACAUACGUAAAAUUUGUGAGUAGCUGAUACGAAAUUCUGGUAUAUAUUUAUGUGAUGCAUCAAUUAUAUGCAGUUGUUUAUAGGAUGUUCUUCAUGGUUUGGUAUUUCGUAAAUGGCGAGUUUAGUUGAUGACGUAGGUAUGUUAAAACAUAGGGUAUCUUCUAGUAUUUUCCUGGAAAACGAUAGUUAUGUGAUUUAUCCGUGAGCUUCAGUCUUUUCAUGAAUGUGUUUGUGCUCAAUACGUCAUCAUUUAAGCUAGCUACACUAUGCUAAGGAACUUCGGCCGUGUCCUAAAUUAGAUCCACAUCCACCCAGUCACUCAUACGCUUGGGCCAUUACAAGACUGGUAUAAAAAAUUAUAAGUUAUUUUUGACUAAACUAAUACAAAAAAGAACUAGCAUACUACACAGCAGAAAUUCAUCUAAAAUUCUAAACCAAUGAGAUAUCGCUUACAGAAUUUGAUGUUUCUAUCAACCAAUCCGUGCGUAGAUACAGGUGCAGGCGCCGUUAUUUACUGCCCUGCGAUUUGUCAGUUUAAAAUAUAAUGUGUUCUCUUUUCUAUGGCUAAAGUAUAGUUCAUUUUGGUAACCAUUUUGAAACAAUUAUGACAUAUGAUAUAAUUUUUCAUAUGUUUAUAAAAACCUAAAAUAUUUACAAUUAUCAUUUCUUGAGAAUGGCGGUAAACUUGAUGUUACAUUCAAUGUUAUUGUACCUAAUAAAUAUAGAUGUGACUAAAUAAUAUAAUGAUCAGUCCUUAAAUUAUGUAAAAAUUGUCAGUGGGUUAAAUAUCUGUUAAAUGUGAGUUAAUAUUAUAAUGCAAGUUAAUAUUCGUACGCCGUAGUGACAUAAAUCAAUUUGAAUGAAUUUAUUCUUAUAAAUGUAUGGAAAAUGAUCAUGAAGGAGUGAAUAGCACGUCACCACACGCCUUUCACUUUAGGCAUUUCACUAAUUAAAUCAUCUGUCUUAUUUAAUUAUAUUUAAAACGUUGUUUCAAUUCUUUUGUAUUGGACAUUGGAUUAAAAAUGAGCUGCAUAAAAUAUUAUGUAGAUAGGAAGUAUGUAUACGCCCAUGUACAAUAUGGAAGAAUAAAACACUUAUUUUUAAUUGAUUUUGAAUGAUCUACAGUUAAGGCAAAAGUCUGUAUUAUAGAUUUUAUUUUUAAGUGCAUAGAAUUAAGUUAUGUUUGCCCGUUGUUUUUAGUUUUAAUUUAAUUUUUUCAACUGGUCGAUAACUCCCUCUUUUGAUUUGAUAUUUGUAUAAUUGGUUCAGUUGUGAAGCCGAUGGAGGUUCAGUGGCUUUCUUUCAGAACUUGGAAGUGAAGGCUAAGUGGGUUUUGCUUACCGUUCGAAUGCCAUGAGAUAACGUGCGUGCAUAAAAUCACAGCAGUCUGAGCUAUCUUUACAUUCUUUUUAUUUCAACUUGCUUUAAAGCAAGCCGCCCUUUGAACUAUUCUUAGUUCCUUAAUUCGAGUAGUCAGAUAACUCACUUGGCCUUCUGUAUUCGUUUUAAAGUGAGGUUGGCAAGUUCACUUUUUUACCGACUUCGAAAAAAGGAGGAGGUUCUCAAUUCGUCUGUAUGUAUUGUUUUCUUUUAUUUUGCAACAUUUUGUCGAUUGGAGCGUACCAAAAAUCGUAUGACUGGGGUCGGCCAGGGCCGCGGGGAACUCUCGUUGUCGCGGUCACAGUGAUGAUUCUCUAUAGUUAUGUAUUAAAAUAAAUAAUAAAUAUCA